AUGGAAGAGGCUAUAGAGGGACCCUGUGGCACAUCGGACACACCCCAAAAUAGGACCUCACAGAUGUCUGCAGGGUCAGUCAGCCUGUUGGAGUUCCAUGCAGAUUUGCUACAAUCACCACCUGCCUCCUUACCACAAAGUGCUCUCCUACUAGACAUCCCUAAAACAAAGUCUGGGGUGAGCAGGAGUCAAGGAACCACACGUAUCAAAGGAAUCAGUGAAGGGAGAAAUUCAGUUCAUUUGGUCCUGUCUUCUCCAGGCCAGAAACCUUUCCAGAAGCCGGCCAUAGCUCAGCUAGCAGGGACUACCAAAGUGGUGUCCAUGUCCAUGAGGCCACAGCCUCCCUCUAAGCCCAGGUCAGAGAGGCCAGCAACAGGGACCAGGAUGUUUAUAUACAAGAGCAAGAAGGAGUCAGAGCAGGUGUCAGAGAAGGAAGCGGCAGAGAGGCGCAUCCGGAGAUCCAACUUCUUCAGCAGAUGUCUGGCUCUGAGCUCGGACAACACCGAUGACAGCAGGAACAGUGAGGAGUCGGGCUCCGAGCCAUCCCACGGGAAAGCCCCACAGAGGGUCAAGAAAAAGAAAAGGAGGAAUCAGAAAGAUAGGUCUACGCAUGCACCAAGGACGCCCACUGACGACAGAAGCUCAAAGAGCCAGAGGAGUACCAUGGCCCCUAACAGUAUCCACAGUGUCAAGUCCACCACAGAGCUGCUGGAGGAGGCACGGGGCAUUGUAGGGGCCGAGGUUGCAGAGAGCCAGGUGGACACGGACCCCCAGCAGAGACACCCAGAGGAGUCAGUGGCCACGACUAUGGGGCUUGUCAGAGGCAGAGGGAGGACGGUGGAUGAGAUCAUUGCCUCCUUACAGAGAGGGGACAGUGAUAUGCCAUCUGCCUCGGACCAGAUGAUCAAGGAGCUGAUGGAAAGAGUGCUGGGGGACAGCUACAAUGCUGACAAUGAGGAUACUCCUCAGAGUUCCCCGGUUCCACAGAGGAUGUUGUGGGUUAAGAGGGAUUCUCCUACCCCUCCAAGACCUGCUGAGUCCCCUAAAGUCACAUCAGGGGUCUACAAGAUCGCUCAGUCACUGUCUGAACGAGAGACAGACGGCGAUGACUCUAUGGUCUCUGCUCUUCCACAGAAGGUGACUUAUGCAGAUGUAAUGACAGCUCGAGGAGAUACCAUAGCUCCUUCUCAGAGACCAGCGAGGGUGUCUUUACAAAACAAAACCAUUCAAGGCCUCUCCCCUCUAGCAACAUGGGCCCCCAAAGCACAUGCAGAUGGGUACAAGACCAUUCACCACCUCUGUACAACCCCAGUCAGCCAGGCCCUGCCUCUGGAGCUGCAGGUGGCUUCCCGGACCUCUCUGUGUUCCAACGAGCUGAAGAUGUUCUGGCACCCAGCGCCUCCUAAGUUCAGCUGCUCUCCUGCAUUCGUCAAACACAAACUCUUUCCCAAGUACCAGGCAACGCGGAACGAUCUCUCCAGAGAGGAGCUCUAUGGUGAUCUACAGGACCUGGUGGAAUCAGCCUGUGACCUGACAGAGAUGGAGCCAACCACCUCAGUGGUCAGUGUAGAGCUGGAGGUGGUUCGGCAGCAGCUGUCCUCCACUGUGCUGGCUGAGGAGACCCAUCCACCGGUUACUACCACUGUCCAGCAGGAGGCCGACCACCAAGCCCCCGCAGCAGGCCCCAACACAGAGGAGCUUACCCCAGCCCUCAGCCAGAGUCAACUCCAGUACAGGAGGGACCGAGGCAGGGUGAUGAUGGCGGAACCCGUCAGGGGAGGCAGCAUAUCCCACUCGAAGAGGAAGGUCGCCAAGGGUGGGAAGAAGCUGUGCCCUGCCAAGCUGGCCUACAUCCACCAAAAACUGCAGGAGCCACCACGUACUCUCAUCAGGAGUGAGUCUGUGUGCCAGCUACUACCCAUCAAACCCACCACAUGCCUUUCAGAGGAGCCUCCCCUCCCUCUCCCCUUGUCUCGCUACCCGAGCCUACCCCUGGUGCUGGACUUUGAGAGCUUUGCCGCUGACCAGGGUGGCAUCCCCGACGUGCUCCCUCCCCGGGAGUGGGUGAGGGAUAUCUGGGAUGCCUGGUUUGACCAGCUCUUCCCCCCACUGGAGGAGAGCAGCAGCACCUCCAAGAAAGAGUCAGACUCCUCUAAGAGGGCCCCCAGCAGCAGCCUCCAGAGCGGGGCCCUGAAGAAGCCUGGGGAGAAGGUCCUGAUGCUGGAUGAGAUACAGCCUCUGGACUGGGUGGACCUGUCUCUGACCCUGGACCAGGGACUGACCACAGGCGACCUGGAGGGAGAGGUGGCCAAGCUGACCCAGGCUAUUGCCCAGCAGGACAGACCCAGCGCCUUUGACCUGUGUCGCAGGGGGGCGCUGCAGAAGAAACUGGGCCGGCUUAACCAGGCUCUGGAGGAUCUCAAUGCCGCCAUUUCCCUAGAGCCCUACCUGCUGGAUGCUUACUGGCACAGGCACAGCAUUUAUCUGCUCAGAAACAACCAGAAUAGUGCUUUGGAUGACCUGAACUUUAUCAUUAAGCACACCAAGAAACAUGCAGAUGCCUUCAAGUCCAAAGCAGAAAUCUACAGAGUGAGAGGAGAGACCACCCUGGCUAUUAUAAACUACACUCAGGCCAUCAAAUGCAGACCUGAAGACGAUGACAACUAUUUCAAGAGGGCGGAGAUGUACGAGAAGAGGAAUGAGAUUCUACUGGCCAUGGAGGACUAUGCCAAAACGUUCACCAUUAACCCAGGGAGAACGGAUGCUCUGUUGACCCACGGCCUGCAGUACUUCCACAGCUGUAACUGGAUGGUGGCUCUGUCUGACUUUACUCUGCUGCUCCAGCGCGAUCCCAGCCAUGCCAUCGCCAGGACGUACAGGGGCAGGAUCUAUGCUAAGGUGGGUCAGUACCAGGAAGCCAUCGAGGACUUCUCCCUAGCAGUUCACCUGGACCCCAAUGACUGGCUGGCCUUCUACCACCGGGGCUGUCUGCUCAGGAAGAGGAUGCCUGAUAUUUCCCUCCAAGACCUCAGCACCUCAGUACUCAUUAAUGAUAGCCAAGAGAACCUGCGUGCCUUCCUGCACAGGGGCCUGCUCUAUACGGAGCGACGGCAGUGGCAACAAGCCGUGUUCGACUUUGAAGCUGUGAUCAAACUUGACAGGUCUGUAGCACUGGCCCAUGUGAACCUGGGCUUGAUCUUCAUGUUGAAUAUGGGCCAGAACUAUGAAGCCAUCCGAAUGUUCAGCAACGCUUUGAGGGUGGACCCCACCUACAUCAGAGGAUACAUCUGCCGUGCCCAAGCCUAUCGCAAUGUCAAUGAUCUGAAGAGAGCGCUGAAAGAUCUGACACGAGCCACACAUAUGAAACCAGACGCUCAACAAUUGUAUAUCAUGAGGGGACAGUAUUUGUGUGACAUGGAACAGUUUGACCUGGCCACGUUCUGUAUCCAGUACGCUGCAGAGAUGAACAAAGCACUAGGGUCAUCUCCCAUCCAGCAGGCUGCUGUCCAGUCUUUCCUGGGGAAUGAUGCCAAAGCCAUUGCCUGUCUGGAGGCAGCCUCCAACAACCGACCUUCACCUCCCAUCCUCAUUCUCCUGGGCAAGACACAGAUGAAGGCACGCAAGUUCAUGGAGGCAGUAGAGAGCUUCAGGAAAGCCCUGACUCUGCUGAGCCCCAACGAAACCAACCUGUACAACGUCUCUGAAGCUGCAGAGGUCUUCUAUCUGACUGGACUCUGCUACAUGGCACUGGCUCUCCUGUUGCAGGCUUUUGAUGCGUUCAGCAACGCAGUGAAGAUGAACCCUGACUAUGCAGAUGCGUACCACCAGCGUGGGCUCUGUCGUAUGCGCCUGCAGCAGUCCAAGAGUGUUCAGGACUUCAACAGAGCCCUCUUCAUCAACCCCAACCUGUUCCAGGUGUAUCUGAGCCGUGCAGCCUUCUAUGGCGCUAAAGGGCGCUAUUCAAAGGCCAUCCUGAACUGCAACGAAGCUAUUAAGAUCCAGCCCAAGAGUGUCAGAGUCUACCUGUAUAGAGGAGCACUCAAAUUCUACCUGAAGGUGUACAAAGGGGCCGUGGAGGACCUGACCAUGGCCCUGAGGAUAGACAAAACCUGCUCAUUUGCACACUACAACCGUGGAGUGUGUUAUCAGCAACUCAAGGAAUAUGAAUUGGCUCUUAGAGACUAUGGGAUUGUCCUCCUCCUUCCCAGCAAGAAGGAGAUUGACCUGAAGGUCUUGAUCAAUCGUGCCCUUCUCUACGUGGAGCUGAGUGACCAUCACAAUGCCUUACAGGAUUUCAAAGAUGCCUCCUUGAGAAGUCCAGAGGACGCCACCAUCUACCAUGCCCUAGGAGUCUACCAUCACAGGCUGGGUCAGCUCCAGGAGUCAGUAGAAGCCUACAGCCAGGCCAUGCAGAUCAGCCCGUUCUUCCUAGAUGCCUACGUUGGGCGGGGCAACGCCUGCAUGGACUACGGCCACACCCAGGCUACCAAACAGGCUCAGAGGGACUUCCUUUCCGCCCUGCACCUCAACCCCCUCUGCUCCAACGCACGCAUCUGCCUGGCCUACAACUUCCAGGUUUUCGGUUUCUUCCAAAGAGCUUGGAACCAGUUCACAGUGGCAGCAGAGAUUGACUCCAAAUGCUGGAAGGCAUUUGAGGGGAGAGCUGUCAUCAACUUGCAGAUGGGAAAUACCUAUGCUGCUUUCCAAGACAUUAACAUGGCUCUGAAGCACCAUCCUGUGUCAGAUCAGCUGCUGACUAACCGAGGGGUGAUCAACCAGUUCAUGGGGGACAAAGCCAAUGCCAUGAAAGACUACCAGAGGGCCAUCUCACUCAACCCCAAGUACGCCCUGGCCUUCUUUAAUGCUGCUAACCUCUACUUCUACAACAGGCAGUUUGAACAGGCCUGUGAGCACUACAGCCAAGCAUUUGAGCUGGACCCAGAGGAUGAGUCUGCGGUGCUGAACCGGGCCAUCACCAGGGCUCUGCUGAGGAAGGUUCCAGAGGCCCUCCAGGACUUCUCUGAGGCCCUGAGACUCAACCCUUAUUCCUCACACGUGUUCUUCAACCGAGCCAAUCUCUACAGCUCCCUGCGCCAGUACAGGAAUGCAGAGAAGGACCUCAGUCAAGCUCUUCUCCUCCAGCCCAACGAUGCCCUGGUCUACAAGCUCCGUGCUGAUGUCAGAGGCCACCUGGGCUUGACUGACCAAGCCAUGCAGGACUAUAGAACAGCAGUGGAACUCCAAGAGGCACUGGAGGGCUGAGAUGAGCCAACCCCAUAUUAGCGAUACUAUACCAUCUGUUUCCUUAUGAUGCUACUCAACAUGACAUGUUAUGGUUGACUGAGGAAAUAUAUGCUGUUCAUCAAAGUGUGUACUUUGUGAUAUAUUGGGCAACAGAAUCUUCAAUAUUUGUUAUAUUUGUUGUUACGUGUUUAAUAAAACUUCCAUGACAUUCACA